AUGUUCACGGCCGCUAAAAGCGGCCAAUUUCGGCGCGGCCGUUUUUCCAAAUCCAAAUCGACAGCCUCCGGCUCAUCGACCGAAAGUGCGAUACCUACGGUUAGUGGUCGCAUAACCCCACAGAUUAGUGUCAGCGAAAACAACAGUCGAUCAGUGUCAGAAUCCUCAAAUUACAAUGAAUCUGAAUCCGACCCACCAAGCAGAACGUCACUUUGUUUGGCAAUUCAAGAGGGCAAGGAGUUGGAUUCAAAUGAAAUGGCAAAGUUAAGACAAAGUGGAGCAAAAACACCGACCGGUAGAAAGCUUCCACCACUUUUCAAGACCAGAAUGAGGGUGAAGUCAGCGACAACAGUAUUAGGCUUUUUACCUUCCUUAUCAUCGCCAAACAAAGAAGAGAAGAAGCCUUUGAGUGUGGAUGUAACUUGUCCUUGUGUGGAGAAGAUCAACAGCCAAACUGUGCCAAAUUCAAACUUUACCAACAUUUUCAACCGCAAAAAGUCAAAAACUUCACAUCUACAAGCUCCACACUCCGGGCCAUGCGCUUUCAGCGAAAACACCGACCCAUUUCAUCAACGUUCCAAUUCUGCAUCACCAAGUACGAUGGAAGGCACGUUAAGCCCACCCCCAAGCGCUUUUCUACCAAACUCGGCCCAAAACAGCCCUCGCCCCAAUAGUGCACAACCUAGUCCAGUCUCACCCUUAUCACAUUCGUACUCAGCUCGCUAUCACGGCUCUACCUCGUCCAGCAACGCCAGCUCCCCCAACUCGGGUCUGUUGGUGAAGCAACGCUCAAGCUUUGGCGGAUCAUUCCGCUACAGCCCUAACCUAUUGGCCGCCCAACAGGCGACCCAACAUCCUACAGUCUUUGACUUUGAACAUUGGCAUCAAGAUAACCUGAGUAAGGGUUUAACUUUAUACUAAUCGUUUUAGGGAUCUCUACUGUCCAGUUUGGCUAAUACUAGUCAUAACGCAUCCAGCUCGUCGUUAUCGUCCAGCAUUCCUGAAGUCAAUAAGAUCAUUUUUGGUGCGGCAGGAUUAGCUUUUUAAUAGAAAAACUGAUUUUUUAUUUUAAGGAUAUUUUAAUUUUGAAAAAUUUCAAAAAAAAAUUUUUUUUUAAAGAAUUUGCACGGUGCAGAUUUUGGAUUUUUUGUCCUGCACCGUGCAAAGUCUAAAAAAUAACAAAUUCAAAAAUGAAAAAUUAACCAUUUUAGGUACUAAAUUGUUUCAUUUCAGAAAACCAAGAAGCUGUAUAUUCAUUGUUCAUGAAAGCUCACAAAUGCUACGAUCUGAUCCCAACUUCUUCGAAAUUGGUCGUUUUCGACACAGAACUACCAGUAUCGAAAGCCUUUUUUGCUUUGGUAUACAACGGAGUACGAGCAGCACCAUUAUGGGACUCGGCGACUCAACAGUUCGUGGGAAUGUUGACCAUCACCGACUUUAUUCAAAUUUUACACAAGUAAGUGAUAGAAAGAAGGUAACAUUAUAUAAGUGAAGACGGCCAGAUCUUUCUGGGCGGUUUGGUGGAAAAAAAGACAAAGGAUACUUUAGAGUAUUGUUUAGAGUAAUACAUGUUAUAAAAAAUGACGUUGAUUUUGUUGUAGGUACUACAAAAAAGACGCUGUAAGUGAUGGAAUCAAAGAAUUGGAGCAACAUAAGAUCAGCACGUGGAGAAAAGUGUUUGAAGAUGAUGGUCGACUGAAGAAAAUGAUCACAAUAGAUCCAUCUGAAAGGUAAGAUCUUACGUAAGACAGCAUUUUUUUUUCUUGAGGUUUCUUUUGAAUUUUUAUUAGUUUCUGACCACACGGGUAAGAAAACUUUUUUUUUUAAUUUUUGAAAUAUUUUUUGGUGUUUUAAUGUUUUUUAGAUAUUUUCUGAAAUUUUUAAAAUUAGGUUUGUUUUUUAUGGUUCAGAACUCUCUUUUCUACUUUAACAUUCUCGAUUUCAGUCUGUUCAAAGCCGUGGAAAUGCUGUGCGAACAUAAAAUCCAUCGACUCCCAGUGCUGGAACCCCUCACCGGCGACAUAUUGUACAUUCUAACACAUAAACGCCUCAUCAAGUUCCUCUUUUUAUAUGUAAGUUGAGAUGAAGGUUUUCAAAUUUUAAAGUUGUAUACAUGAGUUCAACUGCAUUGUAUUUUCUCUUCGAGUCAGUUUUUGAAAGUUUUUCUUAUAUUAACCUUGUCAUUUUUAGCUAAACGAUCUUCCUCGACCCCCAUUCAUGGACAAAACGCCGAAAGAGCUGGGAAUCGGCUCAUGGGGCGAAAUUUGCACGAUCUCCAAAGACACGUCUCUAAUCGAAGCCUUAAAGAUUUUCCUCGAGAAACGGGUAUCAGCCCUGCCGAUCGUCGACGACGACGGAACGGUAAGAAUGUCAAAUAGAUUUUAAGAGGAAGAAUGUUAAAUACGAGUAAUUCUGGGGUCAGGUUUUACCUUCUUAGCUAAUUUUUUGUAUUUAUGAUUAGUUUUUACGAGAAGGGUCUAUUUAUAAAUGGCAAAUAUAUAGUUUUUUUUAAUUUUUGAAAUUUUUUUAAAAAGGUUUUAUAAGCUUGAUUUUGAACUGCCAUUUAUAGUGCGAUAAUUAACUUCUGAUGCACUUUAAGGUUGUGGAUAUUUAUGCCAAAUUUGACGCCAUCAACUUGGCCGCCGACAAAACCUACAACGAUUUGGAUGUGACUGUCAGUGAUGCCCUAAAGCAUCGUUCUGAUGUAAGUUUUUGGAAAAUUAUUACCUAAAUUUUAAAUUUUGGAACGAUGAAUUAUAUGUUUUUACAUUUGUUACCUAAAUUUUCGUUUUAAAAUUUUAUAAUUAUAUUUGUUACCUAAUUAGUUUUUCAUACACACACCAUAGUUCGUUACCUAAAGCCCAUUAAUUCCAUCAAUUUUCAGUGGUUCGAAGGCGUUCGAACGUGCUCAGCCUCGGACUCAAUCGCCGUAGUUAUCGAUACACUGGUCAAGGCCGAAGUUCAUCGACUGAUCAUCUCGGACGACAACCAGAAAGUGGCCGGCAUCAUUUCCUUAUCAGAUAUCCUCAAACAUUUGAUAAUCGAAUUGCCAAAACUGGCCGAAUCUCCAGUCGACGAACUCAUCACUGAACCCAUCAAAACGACGCCGAUUCAAGAAGCCGAAGCCGAAACCACACCAGAAUUGGCUUGA